AUGGUACUACAGUCCGAAUUUGAUCAAUCGUUUGCCGAAUUCGAUAGUAGUAACCUACUUGAUUCAGAAGAAUUGAAACUAGACUAUGAUAAUCUAUUGGAAGGUAUAGAUGAUAAAAGUGCAAUUGAAAAACUACCGAAUAAUUCUGAACAAAAUCUUUUAAAUAUAGAAAAUAGUCCAAAUUUAAAACUAAGUCCGAUUCUUUCGAAAACCAAUUCAAUUACUAAUGAUUUAUUUAAAGUUACCAAGCAAUUGAGACUGAAAAGUGAGCAAUCCAACACUGAUGAUAUUUUUGGAUUAUCAGAAAAUGAAGAAUCUAUUUUUUCCAAUAGAAAAUUAAAUAAUGAUAAAGUAACUAAAUUAAUGAAUCAAUUGAAUGAAAAAGAUGAAGACUUAGAAUUGGAUGACCAAUUAAGAAGUAGAGUGUUUAAAGGACGCUUUACUAAAAAUUUAAAUCCUACAUCAUCACUCCCUGACAACUUAGAUUUACAAUUAAAUUCAUAUUUAUCAAAUUCAAAUAAUGCAAGUGAUGAAAACAAGGAAAAUUUAUCGCCAUAUCCUGAUCCUUUGAAAUCCAUUCGUAAUAAGGAUGUCAAUUCAAUCAAGAAAUCAGGUAAAAUUUUUUUCAAAGCCCCUCCGAAGAAAACAAAUACAUCAACUAAAUCGCAAAUUCCAAUAUUAAAACCAUUAUCAAAUUUAACCAAUGUUGACUUGAGAAAACCAAAUGAAAAUUAUCUCCUUAAACAUAGUGUACAAUCAAAUAAUCUUAAUCAUAUAAAAUCACCCAAAAGAAUUUGCACCCCAAAAUCAAUAAUACCGUCUAAGCCAAGUAUUAAGUAUCAACAAAGAAAGCAUAAUAUAUUUAUCGUUGACUCUCUGACUGGGUUGAUCAAUGAUGCAACCCAAUUUGGUACUGAAUUGAAUGCUUCCAAUUGUGAAGGGUUCCCAUUACCAGAAGACGUUAAUGAAAUUGUUCAAAUUCCAACAAAUGACGAUACUUCAAAUGAUUCUAAGCCGUUGAAUAAAAAACCAAAAUCAAAAAUGGCUAUAAUCAAAGCUUUACAUAAUAAAUAUUUUUCGAUUCACAAAAAAAAAUCUCCCAAACAAUCCCAAAAGGAUUCGAUCAAGAAAAUUGGGUUUUAUUCUAAAAUUGAAUUCGACAAAUAUUGUAAAGAAUUACAAAAAGAGAAACUGAAAAACCCAUCCGACACCAAUACUAAUGAAGUUGAACUUGUUAGUCAACAACCAAUACCCCCCACCAGUAAUAUUCCAAUAUUCUCAAAUAAAAAUAUCUUGUCUAAAAUGAAACCCGCUAAAAAGCAAGUCAUACCAGAAGAUGAUGAAACUGAAACCGAUCGUGAAUCCGAAAACGAUUCUGAUCGUGAUGCCUCAGACGAUAAAGAAAACGCUCCCACUGACUCAAAUGAAAAACCUGCUAUGAAGUCCGAUUCUAAAAAGAGGAAAGUUAGGUGGGCUCAAGAUUUGGAAUGGUAG